AUGGAGAUAGUGGAGACACCCCCACCCCGGGAGAUUAUGUGUGUAUUCUCCUACCCUCUGCCUUUGUCUCUCCAGCUUUCUCACUCUCAUGUUUUGUCCACAGACGGGUUCCUGGUGAUUGGCCCCACAGACCCCAUUGUGGCAGUGCUGGGCAGGGACACCAUGCUGCCCUGCUCCCUGUCCCCAGCUAUGAGUGCAGAGAACAUGGAGCUGCGGUGGUUCCGUUCCAAGUUCACAGAAGCAGUGUUUAUCUAUCAGAACCAGCGGGAGCAGAAGGAGGGGCAGAUGCCACAGUACGCAGGAAGGACCUCCCUGGUGAAGGACUUCCUCACCCAGGGGGUGGCUGCUGUGCGCAUUGACAAGGUCCGGAUUUCUAACAAUGGGCAGUACACAUGCUUCUUCAGAAAGGGAGGUUUCUUUGAAAAGGCUACUUUGGAGGUGAAGGUGGCAGGUGUGGGCUCUGCCCCUGAAAUGCGCAUCGAAGGACCGGAGGAAGAUGGGGUCCGCGUGGCCUGUACGGCCUCCAGGUGGUUUCCGGAGCCCCAGGUUCAGUGGAGGGACCUUAGUGGAGAGAAGUUCCUGGCUUUCUCUGAGGCUCAUGCCCAAGACUCUGAUGGGUUGUACCGCGUGGAGGCCUCGCUGGUGGUGAGAGACAGCUCUGCUGGGAACGUGACCUGUUCCAUCCUCAACCCCAUCCUGGGCCAGGAGAAGGUGAAGGCCAUUUUCAUCCCAGAGCCCUUCUUCCCCCAGGCCUCUCCCUGGAAGCCGGCUUUUGCUGUGAGCCUGAUCUUCCUGUGUCUCCUCAUCCUUGGGGCUGGCUAUUUUCUCAAGCAAGAACAUUCAGCAAAGGUGCAGGCGCGGCAAAAACAGGAAACUCUUCAGCAGGCUCAGGAGGAGGACAGGCAGAAAACGGAGGAGGCACAGAAGGCAAGAGGCAAGGCAGGGGAGGGGCGAGGCUGGGUGAGGGCAGAGCUGGUGCUGAGAGGGAAAGCUGACAGCAGGAGCAGAGCCCUUGGCUGCAGCCUCCAGGAAGACCCAGGUCCCCUGCCCAGAGCAGGAGGCUCAGGAGAUCCAGAGAGGGCAGCUUGGCUGUGGAGGCUUGGCUGA